AUGAUCGCCAUAAAGUUACAAAGAAAGCACCCACAAUUUAGCCAAGAGGAAGUACUCAAGCUCGUUGACUCUUUCCAACAGCUUGACCUUGAAGGAAAGGGCGUUGCCCAGCAGGAUGUAAUCAAAUCACUACAGAAUGAAGCAACUUAUGAUCAAGUGAGAGAGACACUCAAGGAUGUUAGCUUGGAUGCGAGUGGAAGAGUAGAAAUUGAGGAUUACGUGGACCUCAUUUCUAAGCUUAGAUCAGGACAAAAUGCCAACGCAGGUGUUGUUCAGAAAGGAAAAGUAACAGUUAAAGGAACUUCUUCGAACGUUUCACAUACAAUCAACGAAGAUGAAAGAUCAGAAUUCACUAGACACAUAAAUCAGGUCUUGGACGGUGACGCUGACGUCAAAGACAAGUUGCCAUUGCCUACAGAUAACUUUCAACUUUUCGAUGAAACUAGAGACGGUCUCAUUCUUUCUAAACUCAUAAAUGACGCAGUUCCAGACACUAUCGAUGAGCGUGUCCUGAACAAGCCAAAAACUCGCACACCAACACUCAACGCUUUCCAAGCCACAGAGAACAACAACAUCGUUAUUCAAUCUGCUAAAGCUAUUGGCUGUCAAGUCGUCAAUAUCGGUUCACAGGACCUGGUUGAAGGUAGAGAAAUCCUCAUCCUUGGUCUUAUUUGGCAGAUUAUUAGAAAAGGUUUACUUUCUAGAAUCGAUAUUAAGAACCACCCUGAGCUAUACAGACUUUUGGAACAAGAUGAACAGCUUGAAGAUUUCUUGAGAUUACCACCAGACCAAAUUCUUCUUAGAUGGUUCAACUACCACCUCAAGAAUGCUGGCUGGCACAGACGCGUAGGCAACUUCAGCAAGGAUGUUUGCGAUGGUGAAAAUUACACUGUUUUACUUAAUCAACUCAAACCAGCUCAAUGUUCAAGAGAUCCACUUAAUCAAUCCGAUUUAUACAGAAGAGCGGAAAUGAUCCUUGACAAUGCUGACAAAAUUGGUGUGAGGAAAUAUCUUACUCCUAAUGCAAUGAUUGGCGGUAACUCAAAACUUAAUCUUGCGUUUGUUGCCCAUCUCUUCAACACUCAUCCAGGAUUAGAACCAAUUAACAUUGAAGAAGUUCCCGAGAUAGAAGAGUUUGAUGCUGAAGGUGAACGUGAAGCUAGAGUAUUCAUACUUUGGUUAAACAGCUUGAAUGUUGAUCCAACUGUUCACAACCUCUUUGAUAAUCUCAGUGAUGGUCUCAUAUUAUUACAAGCAUUUGAUAAAAUUGCACCUGGCUCCGUUGCUUGGAGGCGUGUUGCCAAGCCAAAGCCAAACCCUUAUUCUGAAGAAGACAGUACACGUCCAGAAUUGAGUAGAUUCAAAAAAGUUGAGAACACCAAUUAUGUUUGCGAACUUUGCAUUAAGAAUGGUAUGCACCUUGUUGGUAUCCAAGGUUCUGAUAUUGUAGAUGGUACACGUACACUUGUCUUGGGUACUGUUUGGCAGAUUAUGAGACUUUCAAUAGGUGCCACCCUCAGCAGUCUUAGCAAGAAUGGUCGCCAAAUCACUGAUGUUGACAUGGUCAAAUGGGCGAAUGAGAGAGUAGCACAAGCUGGAAAGAAAUCUUCUAUGCGCUCAUUCAAGGAUUCUACAUUGAGAUCAGGCCAUUUCUUCCUUGAUCUUCUUGACGCGCUCAAACCAGGCUACGUUGAUUACAGUUUGGUUAAUGAUGGUAGAACUGACGAUGAUGCAUUCUUGAACAAUAAGCUUGCUAUCAGUGUAGCACGUAAGAUUGGUUGCCUUGUCUUUGUUGUACCUGAAGAUCUUGUCGAGGUUAGACAAAAGUUGGUUCUUACUUUCAUCGGUGCUAUCAUGGCAGCAAAUGCAUAG